AUGUUCCAGUUUCUUUCUGAUUGCCUAGGUUGACCGUCUUCUCCCUGUAGCAGGCCGCGAGCAGAUGGUCGAGUUUGGCCACCUCUUCACGAAGACCACCCAGAAGAACCUUGGUGACGGGCACCUGUGGUUCUCCGUGGUUGCUCGCCCUCCUCGGAGCCGUUUCACGCGUCUCCAGCGAGUGACCUGCUGCCUUUGCCUGCUCUAUAUGACCAUGCUGACCAGUGCCAUGUUUUAUGAGACGGUGCCGGAGUCGCCAGGGUCGAACGCAAUCACAUUUGGACCUUUCAGUUUAUCACCGGAACAGAUCUACGUGGGUGUGAUCGGAACCAUCAUCGUGUUCCCCGUCAACCUUCUGAUCGUCACGUUCUUCCGCAAAGCAAAACCAAGGAAGAAGCGCCCGUCCCGCAUUCAGGCUGCCAUGCAGAGAAACAUCCUAACACAGAGCACCUCCACUCUCGGCGGAGCGCUGAAAACGCCAGACCCGUUGUCCCACAGGGAUAUCGUGCUUGAAAAGAACGAGAGGGUCGGGGAAAAUAUGAGCAUGUAUAACCAGAGCCGCUCGGCGACGACCGUCUCAAUUCAGUUGCCGUCUACUACCCCUGCUUCGCUCACUAAAGCCUACGACAAAGGACAGCAAAGCUUAUCUAAUAUCAGCAUCCCCGAGGCUUUCGAGUACAAAGAGGAUGCUGGGAAGGGGAAGAGAAAGAAGAAAAAGAAGCCGCUGGAACUUCCGUGGUGGUUCACCAUCGUGGCUUGGAUACUGAUGUGGAUUUUAAUCCUUGGUUCGGCGUUCCUGGUGACCAUGUACGGGAUAACAUUCCAGGAGACGAAAGCACAGAAGUGGAUCACGUCUAUGAUCAUUUCCUUCCUGACGUCAAUCUUCCUCACAGAACCAGUCAAGGUUUUCUUGUUGGCCAUUUUUUUCUCGCUGAUAAUCAAGAAGGUCGAUGAGGAUGAGGACGAGGAAGAGGGAGAGGCGGACGAAGAAGAACCUCAGUUACAAACCGAUGAAAUGUGGCUUCAUCCACCAGAAACUUAUGGCGCAGCCAAGCCCAGGAAGAUCGCCUACAAGCCUCCAAACCCCGCCGCACUGGAGGAGGCAAGGGAGAAACGCAUUAAAGAGCUUAAGAUGUACGAUAUCCUGCGAGAGAUCAUAUUUUACUGUCUGUUCCUCUGGCUGCUGAUGGUGAUUAGUUACGGAAAUAGGGACCCUUACGGCUUCCUGCUUAAAAGACACAUGGACGAUCUUUUUGUAUUCAAAGGAAGCAUUACCAUGGACUUCACUAAGCUGCAAAACUCGACUCACUUCUGGCACUGGUAUAAAGAGGGCUUGGUGCCCGGAUUGAGGGCCUCUGUCUGGUACAACAACGACCCACCAUUGGGUCAGCGCGGUUUCCUAGGCGACAGGACGUGUAGGAUGAUGGGAUAUGCCACCAUGAGGCAGGUCAGAGUGAAGCCAGGGCAGUGCAGAAUCCACGACCUACUGACUAAAGUGAUCAAGGAGUGUAACGAGGCCUACAGCAUAAUGGAAGAGGAGGAUGGGUCGUUUGGAGUGGGCUGGGUCCCUUUCAACGGAACCUCCACCGUCAACAACUCAAGCCCGGAGUACACAUACCGUACCUCUAGCGAGCUCGACGGUUACCCACACUACGGUCUGCUGACGGUGUACGGCGGCGGAGGGUAUGUGGCGGAGCUUAGAGGCAGCGCCAGAACCCUGCUUGCCCUGGGAGAGCGUCUGGAGAGGGAGAAGUGGAUAGACAAGUACACCCGCGCGGUGCUUGUGGAGUUCACGUGCUACAACCCCGGUAUCAACCUCUUCUCCAUUGGGACCAUGGUGGCAGAGUUUCCAGAGACUGGCGGCGUUUUUACCAGUUACCGAUUUGAGCCAACGCGUCUGUUCAACUAUCUUGGGUCUGCAAUGGGGUUCCAGAUUUUCUGUGAGGUGUCAUACUUUGUUUUUAUAUUCUUCUUCAUGUAUAAAGAGGGUAGGAAGAUGUGGCGGGCUCGAUGCAAGUAUUUCUCAGAGUUCUGGAAUCUUGUGGAGUUCUCCAUCAUUGCGUUCUCGAUUGGUGGCGCUGUGGUGUUUUUCUAUCGUCUGCUUCUCACCGAUACCUUGACAACUUCCUUCAAGGAGUCCCAUGGCAACAGUUAUAUCAAGUUCCAGUAUGUAGGCUACUGGAACGAGAUGUACAGCUACAUGUUAGGUUUCAUCUGCUGUCUCGGCACCUUGAAGUUCUUGAAGCUGCUUCGCUUUAACAAGCGUAUGUCCUUUUUGGCGGCAACGCUUAGGCACAGCACCAAGCACCUGUUUGCGUUCGCAGUCAUGUUCUUUAUCGUGUUUUUCGCAUUCGUGCAAUUCUUCACUCUGGACAUGGGCACUCAGAUCCUGAACUUUGCCAACGUGCUGUACGCCAGCGAGUCCUGCAUGCAGAUGAUGCUGGGAAAGUUCGACUUCUGGGGGCUGGCAUCUGCCAGUGAACUCGCGCCAUAUUUCUUCGUCCUCUUCGUGGUUCUGGUCUCCUGGAUCACCAUCAACAUGUUCCUGUCGAUCAUGAACGAGAGCUUCACCGCCGUCAAGAAUGACCUUUCCAAGCAGCCCAACGAAUACGAGAUGGUGGACUUCAUUGUAACUAGGUUCAAGCUCUGGACGGGGUUGGGGGCUCCAAAAGCCGGUCAACCCACCACUUCCACCACCCCGGACAAACUGAACAACGAGAAGACUGAGGGCCAGGACAAGGAGAACUCGGUGGAGACCGAUUUGAAUCAUUUCCCAGAGAAAGUGGACCGGCUCCUGAACACAGUGGGCCGCGUUUACUUCGACUUGGAGACAAACAGCGGCAAGGACGCGUUCAAGCAGAUGCUGAAGGACAACAAGUUGAAGGCAAAGAUGCACAGCGGAGGCUACGGCAACGGACUGAAGGAUCCAGAAGCUGAAGACUUGGCAAUGCUCUAA